AUGAUUCUCGAUGACCUGCUUCGCCAGCCUAGGGAAAGGCGUCGUCUUCUCCUGAGUACCUGUAUAUUCUUAGCAGUUAUUUCUUUCCUCGGUCUGCUUUCUUCUGCUGUCUGGACUUCACAACCGACCACAUAUCUUUUUCCCGACGAUCCCUCGCCUACACCGACACACCCUGCUCUCUCCGAAACCAAUUUUGACUCUACUCUGCUUUCAUCUAAUUUCAUAAAUGGUUCACCUACCCCUCACUUCCGAGAUAAUCUACGACCCAACAUGAAAUACAUAACCUCUUGGAUAUCGGCAGGGUGGACCAACGACGUUAUGACCUACAUGAAUUUGAUAUACCUGGGCAUUAUUACAGAACGCAUACCUGUGAUUCCAAUGUUUACUCCUACUCACAUUGGUGGUCACGUUCCGCCCAUCAACUUUGGAGAAGUUUUCGACAUUCCCCGUCUGAGCAAGGCGCUACGCAUACCAAUCGUCGAAUGGCAUGAGAUAAAAAAUUUGAGUGCACACGAACGCGAUGAGAUUGGUUGUUGGAGUGUGUGGCAAGCUGUCCAGGAGCGAGAGCCGGAACCUCGUAAUAGCUUCCUUCUUGACCUCCUCACCCUUGACAUAUCGUAUACCAAAGCCCCGACAUGGAUCAAACUUCUCCCCCACUUUCAGCACGAUCCACAUGCCAGCUUUUGGUCUUUAGCAUCCCUGGCUUUUCCAGAAAUUCGGGCCGACAAUUUGCUGCCACCGAUGCCGUCGCGCAAUGACCAUGUAAUCCUUCCACCUGAUGAACAACUUCUCUGUUACGACUAUUUAUAUUAUGUUUGUGCGAACCAGCCUUAUGAGUUUGACUUUGACUACAGCCCGGCAUGGAGAUUUGUCGGCCAACACAUGCAUUGGACUCCGAAGCUAGAACAUCUUAGAGAUGAGUACGUUAGAAAGGCAAUCGGACUCGAAGAAGCUCAAGCGACGCCGCCUUGGAUCGCCAUCCACAUCCGUCAUGGUGAUUUUGCAACUUGGUGCACUGGAAUGGCUCUGAGCGACUGCUUUGCACCCAUAUCUGUGAUCGCACGGAGAGUCGAGGAAGUAAAAAAGGAAAUCCUCGAUCGCAAGGGAAUCUCUGUUCAGCAUGUCGUCAUGACAAGUGACGAGAAGAAUGCUACCUGGUGGGAGGAGGUCACUUCCCAAGGCUGGUAUAAAAUCGAUCACUCGAAUACAGCUGAACUUCAUGGUGGAUGGUUUCCCGUGCUCAUCGACGCUGCAAUUCAAUCAGGUGGGCUUGGGUUUGUUGGGACGGAUCGGUCAACAAUGUCAAUUCUGGCACGACGACGGACCCAGUCAUGGCAGGAUGGUCCUUACAGAAUCGUCAGAUGGGGAAAGCUUGGCGCAGAUGACCAUUGA